AUGGCAAUGGCAAGGGCUGUCGUUGAGGACUUUCCUUUUCUGAAAGAUGAAGAAGGCCAGGGAUUUGUAAGUGUAAUUGCUAGUAAGAUCAUGAUUAAAUGUCCUACAUACAUACAUACAUGUAGAACUGCUGACUUUGUACAAAACCAUUGUAUUAGGAUUUUGGUACACGCUGCUUACAUGUGGGUAGCCUGCAUUGUUGCUAAAGCUGGAGUAAUAACGAGGAACAGAAUUGCUGCAACUUGUAACAAAAUUAAAUGCCUCGUGAUUUGUAAUGUAUGUGUAAACAUUGAAAUUAACAUGCGCAUAAAUCAGUAUGCAUAAAUUUUGUUUCAAGUUGUAGCAAUUACUCCACCUUAAUUGCUAUUGUCAAUUCUGAAUUUACUGAAAGAAAGUAUUAAGUAAUUUAGACACAGUUGAAAUAUUAUAAACACAUUUAAUCACAUACAAAACAUCGGAUAUGACAAAAAUAUGUAAGCGACUGUUACAUGCAUUUUUCAAUAAUCAUAAACAGAUUUAAGAAGUUACAAAGUAUUUUAAUGUCUCAAUAAUAAUUUUCACACACUGAACACUACAAAGGGUCAAAGUAUAUAUAUACACGAAACAAAAUACACGAUAUAUCGACAAUAACUCUGAAAAGUGAAAACCCUGUGCCGUUGGUACUGCCAGACUGUCAGUAUGAAACCCCACGAUUUUUGCAACCGUACGUUUGCCUUUUAAUGUGUUUUUCUAUUUUUUUUAGAUUGAAUUAGACUUCGCCUUGGUUCUACCUGAAUCUGUAUCAGAUAACUUGUUCUUGAAGUGGACACCUUCCUUUGCCAAUAAAGUUAUUAAAUAUGCAGAAGACCAAGCCAAAUGGCAAGUCUACCUGGGUAUAAAUAUGGAACAAAUUAACUCCGGUAAGUAUAUUCUUAGUACAUGUCAUUAUCAUAGCUCACAUGUCUAAUUAUUAUGCAUAUAAAUAAGUUAUAUUAGGCUAUUCUAUUUAUAAGCUGUAUUAAAGUCAAACCGGAUGUUCUCUUUCAAGCAACAUUGCAAUAUUGUCCCACAAUAUUGCAAUUUUGAUAGUCAGAUUGCUCUAGCAAUCUGCAACCGACGCAAACAAAUUGCAAGUUGAACUUCACAACAGAUUUGUAAAUAAAGCCUCUGAUUGGACUAUACCAUAAGAAAGAGGGAAAGCCAAUCAAAUAGUCUGAGCAACUGGAUUGGUGCUUUCCUCUUUCUUAUAGUCUAAUCAGGGGCUUUGUUUGCAAAUAUGUUGUGGAUUUCAACUUGCCAUCUGUUCUCGUCAGUUGCAAAUUGCUAGAGCAAUCUGACUAUCAAAAUUGCAAUAUUGUGGGACAAUAUUGCAAUGUUGCUUGAAAGAGAACAUCCGGUUUGACUGUAAGUUACUAACUAUAUACAGUAUAUACAAGAUGCUUGGUAUUGUGAUUUUACUGAACUGUAGGUCGUUAGCUACACCGUUCUUUUUGCGUUUUGAGCCUCAAUGUUCAUGAAGAGAAUAAAAAUUAUAAUGCUGACGGAUUAUCUUGGGAGAGGGUGGGAUGUACACCCCCCUGGCCCUUACAAUUUUUGCAACCUUACAGCGGUAGUUGGCCAACCCAAAACAAAAAAGGUUUUGUGCCCUUCAGUUUUAAAUAAAUAUAUAAUAUUUUUAAAUUAAGUAUAAUGUGUAUUGGUUCCAUUUUUUAGAUGAAGCAAAGCAAAAUGUAGCAUUAUCAAUACUUCCAUGCAUUUUGCCUGCAGGAAGAAAAUGCAAGAAAAGAUGCAGCAUUGACAAUGCUCUCAUCAUUUAUUGAUGUUAAACCUGUAAGUAUUUGACGUUUAUAGCAAAAUGAACCCAACAAUUUUUUCUAGUUAAAAAUUUGUUUCCUUGCAAUUUUUGGCAAAAUCUUGGAUCCCCCCGGCCUCUCUUGUCUUACAUACAUGUGUCUCAUUUAAGUUAGAUGGUGAAUCUGAUUUAUUUUUCUAUUUAGACAGGUACAAAUAUACCAAAGUAUUUGGAGGAUAAUCUUAAGCCACACAUACUUGUUCUUGGAGAGAACCCCCGCCAAGCCUGCACCCCCACCAAGUAUUUCUUGUUUUUGAAGGGAAAUGCUUGGAAAGGUCCAAUCUAGUUGAAGCUGUAGACAGUUGUUUCAAGCUAUUUUAUGUCCUGGACAUGGAAUAUCCGUGGCAGAGUAAUGUUACAUGGGAGUUUUUCCAGAAGGUUGUAUACUGUUUGGAAGACAAGACUCCAAGAAAAACAACCUCAGCUGUGAUCUCGAUGCGUGCUACCCUGACUCAUAUGCAUAGUGGACCUUUAGAAGUCUGCAUGUACUUGAUCAACUUUGUUAAGUAUGUUAUAUAA